UUUCCAUCAAUUAUUUUAUUUUCUUAGAUCAUUUAUAAUGUAAAAAUUGUCUAAUGUAAAGAUUGUCUAAACAAAUAAAUCUAAAUUUAACUUAUUUUUGAUAUAUUUUCAAGUAAAAUAUUACGUUAUAUGUUUCUACAGCCAAUGAAGAAGUAGAAGAGAAAUAAAAGUAUUCUCAUUAUUUUUAUGGCGUUCCAUUAAUUAUGUUUUUAUUUUUUAGUUUUAUAUAAUAUAUUAUGUUUUUUAUACUUUAUUCUUUUUAUUCAUAUUUAAAAAUUACACAAAAUUUUUAUUCAUAAUAUACAUAUGUAUGAAAGUUUAUCUUGCUAUUAAUAUAUUUUUCAAAAUUAAAACCAUAAUUUAAAAUUUGAAUUCGAAAAUAUUUGUUUCUUCGAAUUGAAGAUGGCACUAUUAAUAAGUAUUAAGUGAUAUAUGGCUAUAAAAGUCGAUUAAAUUCAAAAGAGUCAACAGUCAUAUGGUCAACCUCAACAAUCUACAAUAAUUUAUACAAUAUGUCAAAAACCGCAUUUUAUUUCUUUAUGCUCGAUUGGCAAAAGCGACAACAAUGGCGUGGUAAAACUUUCAAGAGUUUAAAAGAUGUUGCAGCGGAUCCAAAAUGUAGUGAAGAAUGGAAGAAUAUUUCACCACAAGAUAAAGAAAUUUAUAUUGCCAAAGCAAAAGAUAGCAAGAUUAAAGCUCAAGGAUGUAAAAAAACUACAAUUGGAGAAGAUCUGUCUGAAAUGGAAUUAAAUGCAAAAAGAGAACAAGAAUUCCAACAAAAAAUGCUAGAAUACAUAAACUCUGUCAUAUCUAUGGGUUUAUUACAUAAUAAUUUACAAAAAUUAAAAUUUAUAUUUAUACAUGUAAAUUGGUUCUAUAAAAAGGAAAUAGGAAUUAACAAAUGUGAAUUUUGUCCAGCGGAAUUUGCAGUUGCACAAUUUAGUCUUAAAAAUGGUAUUGAAGACAUUUAUCAUGAAGUAUUAAAAAUGAAAAUACCAUUAGGAUGGAAAAGAGAUGCGAUUGAAAUUAGUCAACAAACACAUCAAAUUCCCAUAGAAUUAGAAGAGGGACAAAGUGAUUUUUCAUAUAUGUUUAACGAAUUAAUUAAAUUUUUAGAAACAAACAAGACUGGAAAUAAAUUUCCUCCAUUAUUCACUACAAAAAAUUUAAUUCCUGUCGUGGAAUCACUAUUAAUAAAAAUGGUUGAAGUUAAUAAUGGAUCGGUUAAUGACUUUUUAAUCUACUCAAUAGAAGCUUUAUUUGGAGCACUGCGAAAUGCUGCAGUACAAAAAGUAGACAAUCGUAGUAUUCCUCUCAUUGUUGCUGAAAAUGAAUUUUCAAAAGACUUUUUAUGUAAUAUACGUGGCUUCGAGUGUGAUUUUCAUAAAAUUAUAGAUAUGUCUCAAUACUGUAGCAAAUCUAUAGUAAAAAGAUGGGGUUUCACAAUAUGUGAUUAUUGUUGUCAAUAUCUGAAUAUAGAAUUGAUUGAAGGUGUGCACUGUCCAAAAGAAACAUCAUUUCUACAAUCUACUGAUCAAGAUACGAGUAUACAAGAAAUUACUAAUAUUGACAUUCAUAUAAAACACUUGAACAUCAAUGACAAGAUAUCUAAAGAAUACAAGAACAAUACAUCUAAACAAAAUUAUAUUAAUGAUCAACGACAAUGUAAUGAGAUUAAACCAUUAGACAUAAUUGAUCAUUGUAAAGCUAGUACAUCUACUUCGCAUAAUUUAACAUUAAAUAUAUCAACAUGUUCAAUGCGAAUACCAAACACAAUACCCCAAACUCUUAUUGGGGUGCAAGAAAAUAUUGAUCCAUGUAUUGAUUUCCCACCAAUUGGAGGAAGAGGCAUAAAUUAUAAAAGAAAAGCUACAAAUAUCAAACUACCUUUGGGAAAAGACACCAAAAAUGUAGACACCAAAAAGAAACAGAAAUAGAAAUAAGAACCAACGAAAGACAACGAAAGCAAAGAAGAUCAGCAACGAUUCAGCGAAGAAAAUGGAUCAGAUGGAAGAAAAAAGAUCUUGUGCCGGAGAAUGUUGUACCAGAUAUCAGCAAGAAGGAAGUCAGAAAUACGGAAAACGAAACCUUUCGGUUUCGGGAUGCUAUGACGUUUGUAACAUGGCCAUGCUUCGGAAGCGUCGCCAACGAGGACACUAAGAAAACUAUCUGUCUUGCAAAACUGGGAGUAAUCUCCGCUAUCCAUCGACUGGGAUUCAAUGUGGUGCUUUAGAAAACGAAAACCAUAUGGUUUUAUUCGAGAAGAUAUCAAGUUAUGCCCGUUCCAAUCGUGAUUACGGAUCUAAGGAUAUACUGAAAUAUUUUGGUCUCUACCUAGACAGUCCUUUUGAUGUCCAAGUUUCAUUUUGGCCAUUUGAUCCUCCGAUUCAAGAAGAUAGCGACCACUUAUUACCAAACAUAGAGAAAUCCGAGGUGAACGUUUAUCGCCUCUACGUGGGGAUCGUGUGGAAUAUGACUUUAUAUGAUGUCCUUGUGUGAGCGACUGACCUGUGGCGAAGAGUCGACAAGCAUUGGCUCGCCAUCAGAUUUAUAAGGAAAUAUCGUACGGUCUUAUAUGCGGCGGCGAUGAUAUUGGCAGGAUCACUGUCUUUCUAUCUAUUGGCGGAAAGCAGCAAUCCUGUCAAAAUAUUUGACUUGAUACAAGUUGCAAAGCGUCAAACCCAACUCGCGGCGAGAGCAAAGUGGGAAGAUAAGCUUUACAAUUUUGUCAGCGCGUCAACGGAUGAUUUUGUCGGUCUUGGAUAGGUAAUUCGACUGUGGUUAUGGGAGAAAUUCUCAUAAAACUUUGAUUUUCCCGCAGAAGAACACUAUAUAAAAGCAUGCACCUCACAAUCUGCUCAUAAAGGCAGUGAAUACUAUUCGUGCAAUUUGCAUUAACGUGAUCCUUUCCUAAACAGCAAUUGGAAUAUAUUGGAAUUAUCGUUACAGUACCUUCAUUCUCAUUGAGAUCCAUUCUUUUGAUUCUACUAACUACUGCGAUUUUCUUUGCGGCAUUUUUCUAAAUUUUUCUUUUCCUUUUUCUUCUUAUUCCUUUGGUUUUAGCUUUUUCUUCGAUUCAUCAUGGCUGGAUGCCAUCGUAUCAUCUUCUUAGACUUUUCGCAGAUUUCACUUUUCUUGCUUCAUCUUUUCGAGAAAGUCCUAUUAGAGCCAUUAAUUUUUUCCCUAUCUUUCCUAUUUAGGAUUUUAAUUCAGGCUUUUUUUUGGACGGAUUCAUUUGCCAUUGUCGUCCGUCGACGCGGUGGAGUAGAUAAGUCUUUUUAGUAAAGGAAUUCGAAUAGCUUCCGCCAUUUUUUCUCUCCCAAUAUCAUCUAUCAGUUCCCGCAACCAUUACCCAUUAUCCAAAUUAGUGAACUGUCUUUUAAAAUCUGCUAUCUAUGAGAUUAUGGCGAGGUGAUACGCGAUUUUCUUCGUACUCGCAAAAUGGCGAUUUCAAAGUCACGGCGGCAGAAGUGCAGAUCAUUUUUACAUUUUUACAAUCUUUUUCACAGCUGAAUUCUGCAAUCUCAGAAUUACAAGUUCGUAUCUGAGAUCCUCCAUUUUGGAUCUUAUUCUGCAUUUGCCAACUCCAAUUUUAUAGUAGAAUCAAUACAAAUCGUUCAUUUGGUAGAGUAAGACUCGAACAGGAUGGCGGUUUCCGAUUACCAAUGUAUUCAGUGAUUGCUAGUUUGUUCAUAGCCUCUAUCUCCAGUUUGAUUCUAUUAAGUGAUACUUAACAUUUGUCAAGGCCGUGUUUUUGCUAGAUGUGGUGUUCUUGUUUUAAUCUCGAGGGAUCUAAUGGAUCCAUCACUCUUUUUUUUAUAAUCGUUUACUUCUAGUCUACAUAUAUGUCGCCAUCGUAGACGAAACAUUGAUACCAAAGAAGCAUUGGCUUCGUCUUUAUAUACCAGAUAUUGACGAUGUGAGUGUCAUCUUCUCAAAAAAUCCUCUCAAGGAGUCUAGGCAUGCUGUAUCGAUUUGCAAUACAUUCCGGCACAAAGCGGGAUUAUGAUUCUAUUUUUCUUCUCUCUUUUCCAACGCCCCUUUUUUCUUUCCUUCGUUAAAAUUGGAUUUAUUGAAACUGGACUCAGCAUAAUGGAUCACACAAGAUGAUCAAAAAACAUGUCCACCUGGGCAGAGCUAUUCUACUCAGACAAGGCUAAAUACAUCGCGGAAGGAUGUGCCAGAUACUUCCGGAUUGACUAGUGCAACGAUUGGUACACCGAUCCUUCAAUGUUCUCGAUUCAAUAGUGUCUUCGCUACGCCCCAUAUCUUGGGGUUAGGGAUAUUUUAUAGAAGUUGUUCUCGCAAUCCAACGCAAGUUAAGGCAAGAAUCUUGUGCCUGCGAAAUAUGACCAUAAGCUUAAGUAUAAUAGAGUUCAAAUACGCCCGGAUACGUCAAAUCCAUACUGUAGUUAAUCAAUUACAACUCCUGUGGGAAGCGCGCACCUAACCUAUGAAACUUAAUCCUAAAAAUUAAUUAAACUAAUUAAGUCAAUCGAGAAUUAUUAGGAUGCGUUAAUGAAAGCGAUUAAAUUAAUAUAUCUUUAUUUUCAUAUUACUUACAUAAAUUAACAUUAAUGAAUUAAAAUUAAUUAUACUAAUCGAGACGAGUUAAUUAAAAUAAAUAAUACAAUCAAGAAGAAUAAUUCGAAAUAAUUAAACUAAUUAAGACUGAUAAAUAAAAAGGUAAUUUAACUAAUUAAAUAAUUAACACGCGAAUGAAAAUAAUUAAACUAUUAAGAUAUUAAAUUAUUAAAAUUGAUGUUUAUGAAAGUCGAAUAACUGGAAUUAAUUAUACUAAUUAUGCCAAUUAAAAUAAUUAAACUAAUCAAGAUUUAUUGAUUAAAAUAAUUAAACCAAUUAAGACCAAUAAUUCGAAUUGAUUAAUAUAAUUAAUUAAAAUAAUUGAAUUGAUUAAGACAAGUAAUUCGAAUUAAUUAAAAUGAUCGAAACGAAUUGAUUAAAGUAAUUAAAAUUAACAAAUCGAAAAUUAAUUAAACUUAUUUAGCGGAAUAAUUCGAAUUAAAAACUAAUUGCACUAAUGAAUGUGUGGGAAUUAAAAUAAUUAAAUCGAUUAAUAUUUUUCUUUUUUUUGGAGCACGGUUAACGUAUAAAUUCUGGUACUUUCACAAUAAUAUAAUAGCUUAAUAGCCCAGAAAGGUGUCGAGUUCAAAAAGGUGGUAAUAGAAGAAGAGUGUCGGCGUUAAAGCAAAUGGAAACAGAAUUGACCAUUUGGUCAAAUGGAAAUUGACCUCGAAAAAUAUUCGUAACUUUGUGAUCCACAAAAGAUCGAAUUAAUAUAAUUUGUUGUUGACUAACAAAAACAAUUAGUUCAAUCAAUCGAGUAAUUAAUGUAUAAAAAUUAAAUUAAUUUGAUUAUUAAAACGUGUGAACGAUGAAAUUAAAAUAAUUAAUCAAAAAUUUAAUUAUUUAGAUUAAUUAAGAUUUAAUCUAAUGUCUAAUUUAAGACAUGUAAUCGGAUUAAGUCAUAAUACCUUUCGUUAUCGAACUAUUUAAAACGUAAAUUACACUAAUUAUACAAUUUAAACUAUUAAAACAUAUAAAUAAAAUUAAUUAAAAUAAUUAAAGAUAAAAUAAUGGAAAAGAAUUAAAGAAAAUAAUAAUAAUUUAAUGAGAAUAAACAAUUGGAUUCCGAUUCAUAUAUCAACUAAUUCCUUUAUAUUUAUACAGAUUUCGCCGUUUCUUCGUUCCCUAUAUCGUUUUAAUAUCGAUUUAAUAUAAUUUGUAAAUAUUUAUAAAUUUCGACAUUUAUUUGCCCAUGUUUUAAAAUAAUUAAAUAUUAUUACAAAUAAUAAUAAUAAUAAUUAAUAUAAAAAAAUCAUAAUUAUAUAUUUUUAUGCUUUAUCGAUAUCUAUAUACACAUUAUUGCUAAAAAAAAAAAGAAAAGAAUGAUUCAAAUUCCGAUAUUAUCUCGAUACUUAGACGAAAUAAAUAUAAGAAUGAAAUUAAAUUCAAAAUCUUGUUUUUAUACAGUAAUGUUUUCGCAAUUCAGAAGUAUAUGGUAUAUUUAUAUUCUUAUAUCUUUAUAUUGAAAUAAUUUUAUUUAUAAUGUCAUUUUAGAAUUUAUAAAUGUAUUUAUAAUUGUUACAUUGAAUUAUUUGCUUAUAUAUUAUUUGCUUUAAUUUACAGGAUUUUGCGUCGAUGUCAGUAAUGUGAUCGCUUAUUUCUAUUUCUUUCAUUUCAAUUUGUUCAUGGAUCAUGAAUUUGAUUAUGGAUUAUUGUUCGAAAUGAUAUAAUUAAAUAAUCAAUUCUAUUUUCUCAAGUUAAAAUUAAUAUCAAAUUUAUUUUAUUUAUUAUCUUAUAAUUACUUAAAAUUUUUCAUUAGGGACAAUUUUAACUAAUAAUAUGAUCAGGAUAAAAAGGAAUAAAAACGGAGAUAAAGAUUUAAUGAAAACUUAAAUUGCUUUUAAUUUAAUUUAAUAAAUUAGUCAAUAACAUUUAUUAAUUUUUAUUUGUAUUGAUUUCUGAAAUCUUCUAAUUAAUUUACAAAUAUAUUAAUGCAUAAAUAAUUAAAGGAAGAAGAGAACAGAGAGGCAUUCUUAUAUAUUAUAAAAAUUUAUUUACUAUAAAAUUCUUGUUUAAAAGAAAUAUAUUAUUUGAUUGUACAAUAAAUUUAUUAUGGCGAAUAUUAUAAUUUUUUUUCUUAUUCAUAAACUAUAAUAAUAUGUCAAAGAUAAUCAUAAAUUAUGAUUUUAAUUAAUAUUUAACAUGAAAUUAAUUGAAAAUAAAUUAAUUAAAAACAUUACUGAAAAAUAAUACAUAAAAAAACAAUAUAAUAUAUUUGUUGCUCGUUGAAUUUAAUUUUGUCGAAAAUUAAAUUUAAUUUUUCUUAAUUCUUCGCAUUAUUACAUUUGAAUACUAUUUAUUACAUAUUACUUCUAUUUAAACCAUUAAUCUUUAAGUUUGAAUUAUGAUUUUGAAAAUCUAAGCAAUUCUUUCUAUUAUGUAUUGUGAAUUUUAAAAAUUUUUUCUUUUUGUAAGAUUUUGUAAUGUAAGAUUUUUAAUAAAUUAAAAUAAAAGA